AUGGAUAGUACAGGAAGGCAUUGGAAUGUUGAUCUAUUGAAAGAAAUUUUCACUGACCAGGAAGUGAAAGCAAUCAAGUCUAUUCAACCUCUGAAGCCUGAAGAGAAAGAUAGAGUAUUAUGGGACUGGAAUGCUAAAGGGGAUUUUACUGUGGCCUCAACUUACAACAGACUGAGGAUUUGGGAGAAGUCACCAGUUACUUGGGAUGGCAUACUCCAGGAGACUAUCGAUUUCAAAGGUUGGUGGAACUCACUGUGCUUAAUGAAGAAAAGCCCUUCAACUGAUGACAGACUCCAACUUACCUCGUAUCUGUUAUGGAAAAUUUGGAAAGCUCGUAACCAAUGUGUUUUUGAGAAGGUCAAUCGACCGGCAAAGGCAGUGGUGCAAUACGCUUUGAAUGGCUGGCUGGAAUUUUCAGGCAACGGAUCAAACUAA